GUUCUCAGUAAGUCACUUACAAGAUGAGAGUCCCACUAAAAGAUUUCUUGAGAUUCUUAGUACUCAUUCUUUCUCUUAGUGGUGCUUCAGUUGCUGCAGAUGCAACGGUGAAACAAAACUUGAAUAGGUAUGAGACUGAUAGUGGUCACACACAUCCGCCACCAAUUUAUGGCGCACCACCCAGCUACCCAACACCACCAACACCAAUUUACAGUCCACCCAUAUAUCCACCACCAAUACAAAAGCCUCCGACACCAACUUACAGUCCUCCCAUAUAUCCACCACCAAUACAAAAGCCUCCAACACCAAUUUAUAGUCCUCCUGUUAAACCACCACCAGUACACAAGCCUCCGACACCAACUUACAGUCCCCCUAUAAAACCACCACCAGUGCAUAAGCCUCCGACACCAAUUUAUAGUCCUCCGAUCAAGCCACCACCGGUGCACAAGCCUCCAACACCAAUUUACAGUCCUCCGGUCAAGCCACCGCCGGUGCACAAGCCUCCGACACCAACUUACAGUCCCCCUAUAAAACCACCACCAGUGCAUAAGCCUCCGACACCAAUUUACAGUCCUCCGAUCAAGCCACCACCAGUGCACAAGCCUCCAACACCAAUUUACAGUCCUCCGGUCAAGCCACCGCCGGUGCACAAGCCUCCGACACCAACUUACAGUCCACCUAUCAAGCCACCGCCAGUUCAAAAGCCUCCCACACCAACGUACAGUCCCCCGGUAAAGCCACCACCAGUGCAAAAGCCUCCGACACCAAUUUAUAGUCCACCCGUUAAGCCACCACCAGUGCAAAAGCCUCCGACACCAAUUUAUAGUCCACCCGUUAAGCCACCACCAGUGCAAAAGCCUCCGACACCAACUUACAGUCCACCAAUUAAACCACCACCUGUGAAGCCUCCAACACCAACAUAUAGUCCACCUGUUAAGCCACCACCAAUACAUAAGCCUCCGACACCUACUUAUAGCCCACCUAUUAAGCCACCACCAGUGCAGAAGCCUCCGACACCAAUUUACAGUCCUCCGAUCAAGCCACCACCGGUGCACAAGCCUCCUACACCAACUUAUAGUCCCCCUAUAAAACCACCACCUGUACAUAAGCCUCCGACACCGAUUUACAGUCCUCCGAUCAAGCCACCACCGGUGCACAAGCCUCCAACACCAUCUUAUAGUCCUCCUGUUAAACCACCACCUGUACAUAAGCCUCCGACACCAACUUACAGUCCCCCUAUCAAGCCACCACCAAUUCAAAAGCCUCCCACACCUACGUACAGUCCCCCUAUAAAGCCACCACCAGUCCAAAAGCCUCCAACACCAACUUACAGUCCACCUGUCAAGCCACCACCAGUGCAAAAACCUCCUACACCAACUUAUAGUCCUCCUAUUAAACCACCACCAGUACAAGUACCUCCAACACCAACUACUCCAUCACCUCCACAAGGUGGAUAUGGUACUCCUCCUCCAUAUGCAUAUUUAUUGCAUCCUAUAGACAUAAGCAAUUAGGUAAACAAGAUACAAUACAUAUAUUUUCUCAAGGAUAGUCAAAUAGGCUUUCAAGCACAAGAGAAGUGUAUGUUAAAGCUAUAUAUGGUACUGCAUAUUAUGCAGUAAAUAAAUAAAGUUCUAUAAAUGGUUGUUAAUAUAUAUGUUACAGUCGAUCUCGUUGUUAUGCCACUCUUUGAGUUGAAGUGUUUUCAUGUACGCAUUUUCUAAAA